ACCACUCCUACUUCUACUACCACUACCUUACCUACCACCACGCUACCUGACAGGUACUGUGAGAUUAGCCGCCCUUGGGAGCAUCGACCGAGGAUCAUUGGGGAACGUGAGAGUAUCCGGCUCUACAGGAAUGGUGACAAGGACUGUUCUGAGCUGUGCUUCUGUGAGCUACACCAGGAGGUAAAGUGUCAGGUGCUGGACUGUGUGGAGAACCGGCCCUGCGAGACAGCCUUUGCCGUAUACAACCACAACGCCCCCGCUUACCAGGCCUACCGGGGCGAGUGUGUCUGUUACUCGGGCGAUUUUAUUUGUAUGAGACCUCGAUCAGAAGAGUACCAGCUGCCGAGUGGUUUGUUCUUGUUACUCGGGUAUAGCAAGACGGAGGAGGCGCUGCUGAAGUCGGUGACGGGGAGCAGCGCCCUUGAUGCUCUCAUGCCCCUUCAGAUGGUCGUCAGUACACUCUCCUCUAAGAUGGGCGAGGAGUGCCGCCUAGAGAUGUACCAACACACGAAGGACAACUUGGUCCUUCAGGUUAGACACUUCAGGAUGUCUAACUCCUUGGGCGGCCACAGUAACUACACCACCUACAAGAUGCAGGAGGAGAGGGACCGCUGUGAGAGGCCGGUAAGACAGGUGGCGUCCAUGGUAAACAAGAGAGACCCGGUCAUCCAUCACAACGUCCGUCUCUCCCUCUUUGUCCUGGCUGAGAUCAUCGACAAUGUCCCUAAAUUCCGUCAGUUUAAUGGUGCGCGUCCGUCUCCUCUGGCCGCUGGCGUGUGGGCGUGCUGGUGGGCGUGGUGGAUGAGUAUAGCUGUGCUGGUGGUUGGUGGCGCGCUGGACGAUGUAUUUGGAAGCUUCGACGCUGUGUUCUGGAGGACGAAAACCACAGCAACGCCGACUAUGAGAGCCUCGUGAUGGUCCUGCGACGUCCACCCGAGAGUGUAGCCUCAGGAGGACACCACAUCGCCCGCCUCCUCCUCCUCCUCCUCCUCCUCUUCCUCCUCUUCUUCUUCCUCCCUCCUCCUGGUGUUUUAAGUUCUCCACGGUGCUCUUUGUUAACGCGGGCGCGCACGCGCGCGCGCGUGUGUGUGUGUGUGAGAGCAUUUCUGAGUCCUCGUUCCAGCAUUCCUCCUCACAUGUGCUGACGAUCUACAGCUGUCAGCUCCUCACUGACAGACGCUCAACACACUCGAGGCCAUCCUGACUAAACUGUGACGUCAUGUCAUUAAGGCCAAACUCAACAUUAUUCAAGAGACGUCGCAAUAUGUUGAACAGAUGUGUAAUAAUUGCCAUAAAAACAGAGUCUGUAUGUAUAUAAAUCAAUAGGGACGUUGUUCUUCCUAUAAACAAAGAUAUCAGACUUGUUUUGUGAUUAUCAGUUGAUUAAGAAGCUGUGACUUUUGUUUGUUUGGUUCAAGAAAACUUUACACCACCAAGACAGGCGAGGCGCUGUGAGGGGCGGUGAGGGACAACAGCCAACACCUGGACCAGUGAUACUCCCGCCACAUGUCCUGAGAGCUGAAGUGACGUUUAGAGUUAACGAAAAGGAUUAUUAGAAUUAUUGAAGAGUGACGUGAACUUACACCGAAAAUAUUCAGUGAAAACUUUAGCUGUUGUGUUGAGCAUCCACCUGGACAGCGACGGUGAUUAACAACGUGAGUUUGUCCCUUCACUUCACACCUUCAUACUCUGAUGUCCCUCACUAGAAGGAUCCAUGGUGGAGUUUUCUGUAACUAAACUGACACAAGACUUGUUAGUGUGUGCGUCUUAAUGUUGCAAUGAUCAUUACUGGGACAAACUGCAUGAGUGUGACGUGAUAAGUGCAGGCAGACACACGCGUUGUAUGCUUAUAUACUUUACAUACAUGCAAAUGUUAUGGGGAUGGUCUAUGUUAGGGAAUAAUACAUUUAUAUAAUAUACAUUUAUAUGUAUAUCGUUGUUAUGGCUAUCAAUACUAGCAUGAUCAAUGUAGGAACGUCAGUGACGACACACAUGAUAUACUGAACUGUACACGCACAAAUUAUGUCGGUAAACAUUGCUGGAAUAAUCCAACUGUGAAUAUUAAGAGUGACUCAGACAGUGUUUACAGCUGUUGGUCGCUUGUUUACAGUAUCAACAGCUAUCAACACACCUGUCAGACCUCGUCCAGGUGAUCCACUACACCCGGACGGGCGUCAUAACCUCACUCUGUCGUGACCUGGGGACUAAAAGGGGUCAAAUAGUCCCCCCCAAACAAGGUGUGGUAAGAGGCAGUGGACCUCAGCCCACCUGUCCACCUACGCUUAUUGUGGUGUCUGUACCUCACACCCCUGUUUUAAGCGGUGUCUUAUACAAACAUAAAUAUAUAUAUAUAUAUACUCGCGGUACAAGUGCAUGAUGCCUACUCGUUUAAUCAACACUCUCAAUGUUUCCGUCACUUGCUACGACAUUGCGACUGCUUGUAACUCUCGACAGUUUCACACUAUGUUGAGAUAAUUUCACGUGUUGUAUGUUUAGGCCAUGACCGUAUAUAGUUGAGAACAGUGUCGUAGGCGAGCAUGACAUGACAGAGGCCAGCCCCCCCUUGAGGCCA